AUGGAUCACUCCCAAAUAAUAACUAUUGAAGACAUUGACGUGAGUGGGAGUUUAGCACGUUAUGAUGAUGUUGUUGAUUUGGAGAAAGACACUGAUGAGUUUGUUGAUGAUGAUGAGUGUGAAAUUAUGGAAGAUGAAGAUGGUGAUCAUGUGCAAAAUGUUGUACUUGAAAUUGUGGGAGAUGAUAUCAAUGAAUUUAGUGAGACUAGUUUUUUAUGUAGGGUCUUUGGGACAUCAGAAGAAGCUUAUGUUUUUUAUAAUGAUCAUGCAAAAGGUAAGGGGUUUGGAAUACGUAAGCAAUUUUUUAACAAGAGUGCAAGAACACAGCAAAUAUAUAGGUGGAGGUAUGUGUGUUCGAAAGAAGGCAUCAAGAAAGUGAAUGAUAAAGUAGUUAAAAGGCGAAGGGAUACAAGGACUAAUUGUUUGGCGAUGUUACAAAUAAAGUUGGUGGAUGGAGUAUGGAAAGUGGAGAAGUUCAAUGAUACACACAAUCAUUCAUUGAUUAACACUCCAUCAAAGGUGAAGAAGUUUUCUUCUCAGAAUGAAUUACGACGCUCAAAGUUUACUAAAUCUCUUGUUUCUAUGCUUUCUGAGGAGGGUUUAACUUCUUCAAAAAUCUCAAAGGUGGUGAAUGCUAUGGACAAAGAAGUUAAUAUUACUCCAGUGCAAAUCUCCACUAUUAUAUCAAGCCAACGAAAGAAUAAUGUGGGGCGAGAAUGUCAAGGCAUCAUUAAACACUUUCAAAGGAAGUCUGUUCUUGAUGGAUCUUUUUAUUUUGAUAUGCAUUUAGCCGAAGAUGGAACAUUAAGAAGCGUAUUCUGGGCGGAUGGUAGGUCAAGAGCAGCAUAUGUUCAAUUUGGUGAUGUUCUUGUGUUUGAUGUGACUUACCAAACAAAUAAGUUCAAGUUUCCCUUUGCCCCUUUCGUUGGGGUUAAUCACCAUGGGCAAUCAAUUUUAUUUGCAGCCGCUUUGUUAGAAGAUGAAACAGAGGCAACAUUUACAUGGUUGUUUGAACAAUUUCUGGAAUGUAUGUUUGAUAAGUCUCCUAUUGCUAUUAUCACUGAUCAAGACAAAGCUAUUGGAAAAGCAAUUGCCAAAAUAUUUCCAAAAGCACGACAUCGUUUUUGUGCGUGGCACAUGAAAAAACAUGUUAUGGAACACACUCAAGCACUACGCUCACAAUUUAAGGAGAGUUUUGAUGUUGACUUUCGUGCAUGGUAUAAAAGUCGAAGCAUUGAUGAGUUUGAAGGCAGCUGGGAAUCAUUGAAGACUAAAUAUGAUAUUAAAGAAGGAACUUGGUUGGCUAACAUGUAUGUUUCACGUCAUCAUUGGGCAAAGGUAUAUUUGAAAGAUACUUUUUGGGCUGGAAUGACCACAAGUGGCCGAAGUGAGAGCAUCAAUGCUUUUUUUGAUGGAUACGUCAACUCCAACACAAUGUUAAAUGACUUUGUUACUCAAUAUGACAAAGCAAUUAAGAGUAGGAGGGAUGCUGAAGAAGAUGAAGAUUUUAAAACUAGAAAUACAAAAGCAAUUUUGGAGACUACUCAUCAAAUUGAAGCAAUAGCUGGUGAGCGUUACACAAGAAAAAUAUUUAAUAUAUUUAAAAAGGAGUGGAUGGAAGCUGUUCUUCAUUAUGAGCAUGAAAAGAUUUUAAUGAAUGAAGAUCUAAUCAGGUACAAGGUGGGGUCUCACGAAGUUGAUAAAGAGUGGUGGGCAAUUGUUGACUAUCAUUUGACAGAAACCUUCACAGCUGAUUGUUCUUGUGGAAAAUUUCAGACUAUGGGAAUUUUGUGCAAACAUAUUCUAUAUAUUAUGAGGAGGAAAAAAUUAAAAACCCUUCCUGAAAAAUAUAUUUUGUCUAGAUGGACCAUGAAUGCAAGCUAUAAGGUUGAAAAUCUUGUAGGUGAUCAUGCUGAUACACCCACUAAGGAAGUUAGUGCAUUGUUCUUGUGGUCGCUUCACUCCAAGUGCAAUAUGGCUAUUUCCGAAGCAAGAGAUUGUAUGUCUGAAAUUAGAAAGUUUGAUGAUUUUCUUGCUGACUUUAUUAGACAGCAACUGGAAAGAAAGAGAAAUAUAAUUGAAGAUGAAGCAAUUCCCCAAGUUGUUCCUUCACUAACUCCCGAAAUUCUUUCACAAGUUUCACUCAUUAACUAUGUGCGUGAUCCCAUGCAUCCAGUCAAAACUAAAGGGCGUCCAAAGGUUGCUUCACGAUUGAAAUCAAGCAUUGAGUUGAUUUCAAAACAACAUAAGACUUGUAGUUAUUGUGGAGGAAAGGGUCACAAUAAAACCAGUUGUGAGAAGCGCAAGAUGGAUAUUGCAAGAGAGAAGCAAAAGGAGUACAAAGAUAACUAUUUGUCAGAAAAUCAUUCAGAGUAUCAAUUUGAAUAUGUGGAAGUCCUAUCUGAUUUUGAUGAAGAUGUUGGCAUUAAAGUUGCUUAUGUUGGCAAAGUGAAAGGGUUUGUUAGUCUCUUUCUGCAAAAUGUGCAGAAUGGAGUUCGCUUAUUUUGUGUUCCACCUAAUGAGUUAUAUAGGUUCUCGCAUCGGAUUCCUUCAUAUAAGAUGGCUGGUGAUGAAAGGGAAGAAAAACCAACUAUGAGAAUGGAAAAGUGA